AGGGUUGGAAAAUCCAUUGCCACGAUAAUGUCUUAUUUUUCGUGCGUUUACUGCGUUUUGCUGUUGCUAUCUGGGGUUUUGGGCACAUACCCGCCGAGCGGACUGGAUCUCCACCACAUAACUGCUCAAAGUUAUGCACAGACUAGAAAUAUAGCCCGACCACCUCAUAGAACGCUGAAUCCAUCAAAAACCGAUUCUCAGUGCAGGAGCCUUCCCCUGGAUCUGGUGUUCAUCAUCGACAGCUCUCGCAGCGUGCGUCCCGGCGAAUUUGAGAAGGUCAAGAUCUUCCUGGCCGACAUGGUGGACACGCUGGACGUUGGACCCGAUGCCACCCGGGUGGCCGUGGUCAACUACGCCAGCACGGUCAAGAUCGAGUUCUUGCUCAAGGACCACCUGAACAAACCCGACAUGAAGCGCGCCAUCACCCGCAUCGAGCCCCUGGCCGCCGGCACCAUGACGGGCCUCGCCAUCAAGACGGCCAUGAACGAGGCCUUCACUGAGCAGUCUGGCGCCCGCCCCCGCUCCCGCAAGAUCUCCAAGGUGGCCAUCAUCGUCACGGACGGGAGGCCCCAGGACCAGGUGGAGGAGGUGUCGGCCGCCGCCCGGGGCUCGGGCAUCGAGAUCUACGCGGUGGGGGUGGACCGCGCCGACAUGCGCUCCCUGCAGCUGAUGGCCAGCAUCCCCCUGGAGGACCACGUCUUCUACGUGGAGACCUACGGUGUCAUCGAGAAGCUGACAUCCAAGUUCCGGGAGACCCUGUGCGGUGUGGACCCCUGCGCCAUGGGACACCACUGCGAUCACAUAUGUGUCAACAGCAACGCCUCCUAUUACUGCAAGUGCCGGAACGGUUAUAUCUUGAACACGGACAAGAAAACAUGUUCCAUGAAACAGGUGAAGGCUGCGGUGGUACAGGACCCCUGUAAAUGUGAAGCCAGGCUGGCGUUCCAGAGGCAGACGCAGAGCGCCAUCCAGCAGCUCGCUGCUAAACUCAGUGACGUCACAGGGAGGGUGAAGCAGCUGGAGAGCGCAUUGGGUCGUGCUUAGGGGGAACGACCCACCAGACUGUGUGCAUCCUGUCGGAGUCACAGACAUGGACCAUUGCAACACUGGCACGCAGUCCCUCUCACGUCCUGUGUCUAUGGAUGGCAUGUUAUACAGAGCUAUUGUUUGGAAACAAAAGGCUUUUCAUUAUUUGCAAUUUAUACAUUUUGUUCAUUUUUGGCUAUUCAUAAUUAUUAUUUUGUCAUGUUGAUGUGGAAAUAUAGAUAAAUAAAACGAUUUGUAUGGCGUUUCACCUAAUCUCUUAAAUACACACAUAUGUAUAUAUGCAUACUUAGAAAUACAUAUAUAUAUAUGUAUAUAU